AUGACGAAUAAUGAAAUCCCGAAGCCUUCGGGGGAAGGUAUGUGGGUUAUAGGAUACGGAUCGCUAAUUUUCAAACCACUUCCCUACUACCAAUUUAAGGUGAGUGGGUAUUUGAAAGGGUUUAUCCGGAGAUUCUGGCAAAGCUCAUCGGAUCACCGGGGUACACCAGAAGCACCAGGAAGGGUUGUUACACUAGUAUCGUUGGAUGACUUGAAGAAGAAUCGUAAAUUUCAUAAUGAUAUACACAUGUACGAGGCUGGUGACAAGUACCAAGAAACAGAUUUGUUGUCCAGGACCAAUUCUAGCGCAGAUUUAGGUAAGGAAGACAUCCAUGAUAUCACACACAAUAUAAGUAAACUUGAGGAGGACGACUUGAAGGUAUGGGGAUGUGCCUAUUACGUGGGCCCGGAUGAUGUAGCGAAAGUGAAGGACUAUUUGGACAUUAGAGAGAAGAACGGAUACACUACGCAUAAGGUGCCAUUUCACGUAUUGAACGUAUGUGACGACUCUGAGAACGCAAAAGAAGUAAUGCAGAAUAUACCUAAAAACAAGAACGGUGACUAUAUCAUUGAAUCCUUGAUUUACAUUGGCACAACAGACAAUGUGUCAUUUGUUGGACCAGAAGAUAUAGAGAAAACCGGAGAAAAGAUCAGGACUAGCCGGGGUCCAAGUGGUGAAAACUCGGAAUAUUUGAUUGAAUUAUGUAAAGCAGUAAGACAUUUGGAUGAUGAAGGUAGAUCUCGCGACUAUUAUUUAGAGGAUUUAGUAAAGUUUGUAGAAUUAUAG